AUGCCGAAACGAAAAAUUUGUGAACAUCCGAUAAAGCAUGCAAAAUCUACACGUGUGCCAAGAGGAGUGGUAGUUGUGUCAUCACAAUUAUCAAAAUUUUUGAUUUCUCAAUAUGAUGCGACUUACACCCGAAUUUGCUGGUUAUGUCCAAGGUGCCAUGCAUUUGAAUCGAAGAAAAUGAUGACUCAUCAAUCAAUGGAGCUCAACAACGAUGAAAGUUCAACUGAUGAUGAAGUCAUGAAAGAAGGUUCUCCUGUCAAUGAUGACAAAAUUGAUGAUGACGCUGUCAAUGUGGAAUUUGAUGAUCUGAAUGAAAAAGAGAAAGAGAAUCCUCAUAUGGACAGUGGUAUCAUAGCUGAGUCAACUUCUUAG